AUGCCCCACACCGUCAAUGCCAAAUGCCGCAGGCCCCAAGCCGGAAACCUUAAUCUGAAAUCGCGACGCCCUUUUGGAGGACUUGUUUUCACCAGCCAUGGUCUCUCUGCGAUCUUCGACAUCGUUGGUGGUUUCCUGCUGCUACGCUGGAAUGCUGCAGUAUUGAAAUCCACAACAGGCCCAGAGGCGAUUCCCCUGCAACUCGCCGCGGCUGUGUCGGUAUUUACGAUGCUCCACGGCCUUGCCCACGGGGUGAUUGGUUAUUUUGGCGGUCUGAAUGCAGAAGUCUUGGACAAUUUCCGUCCGCAGAAGGCCCCACCUCUGUUGGCAGUUGCCGUCUUCAUUGCUUUGGCCUCUUUCCUGGCGGUGGGCCCAUUCGUAGGAUACGUCCACGGCGUUCCUUUAUCACUCUGCUCUUUGAUCCACGCUGUAUCGAUCCUGCUCUUCCUUCUCUACGUUCCGCUGCAGUUUGCAUUCGGGGCGGUGCAGCUCGUUCUGAACUUCUGGAUUUGCCUUCCGCGACUACUUCUUGUCAGCGCUUCUGAAGCAACGCAGGCUGAGGAGCGCGAGCGAGACGGCUGGCCUGUCAUCAGCAUAGGCGUGCUGCUGUUGAUGCCCGUGGUGUUCUCCGAGAUGUUGCUGUGCGAUGUCUUCGUGAAAGCUGCCUCAG